GCCGCAUUGCCGCUUAUAAGCUGGAUGACUGUAUUGGUGGACCUUCUGAAUUGCUCGUACCUCAUCGUGGCUACUCAAUGUCAACAUCAACGUCGUCGAAUAAUGCUGCUGCAGGCCCAUCCUCGAAAUCUUCAAAGGGGAAACGUUCACCAUCACCGCCCACUAUACUAGAUGCAGAAUUAGAGAAACUUCUGUCAAGAGAGGCAUCGGCUUUCCAGAGGGAAGUCGAAGUAGAGAGGAUAUUAAAGGCUUUCAAGUUGAACCCGUAUGACAUUCUAGAUUUGGAUGAAACCGCAACUCAAGACGAUAUCAAGAAAAAGUACAGACAACUAUCACUGUUCAUACACCCGGAUAAGACUCCUCAUCCUCGCGCGCCUGAUGCUUUCGAUAUCCUGAAGAAAGCGGAAUCAGAGCUUUCUGAGAAGGCAAAGCGAGACGAGCUGGAUGCACUAUUAUCUCAGGCCCGGACACUAUUGGUGCGCGAGAUGGGUUGGUCAAGCAUGAACAGCAAGGCUAUCAAAGAGAUUGAAGCAAGUGAAGAGGUAACAGCGCUUGGUGGAGUCAAAGUUUGGAGGGAAAGGGUUAGAGCAAAGACAAAGGAACUUUUAAUCGACGAGGAGCUGCGGCGGCGGAAAGCUCUUCAGCUUGCACUCGCCAAUGAAGGACUUGAAGCCCGGAAGAAGGACGAAGAGGUCGCUACCAGGAAGAGGAAAGCUGACGAUGAAAAAGCUUGGGAAGCAAAUCGAGAACAGCGUGUCGACUCCUGGCGUUCCUUCGCGAACACCAGUAAGAAGAAGAAGAAGGGUAAAUCGGCUACGCUCCUUGGAUAAUAGGCUGUAAUAGGACUCCGGAAGGAACUCAAUGCAUUUUGCUGGUACUAAUUUGAAAAAUCAUCACUACUGGAACGAUUGCGAAGUCAUUAGCUCCACCUGAACUAUUUAUUCCACCCUGUAAGAUCAUCGUAUGAAAAUCUGAAUUUCUAAGUCUCGACCUAUGUACUACUUGGAAGGUGAUAAUGAAUCCUGACAUCAGAAUACAUACAUAUUCCCGCUACCUCUUUAAAGGUUGAAGCUUAAGAACCUGUCCUGCAACUACGAUCAUGUGUACGAGUUAAUCAGCCUCAGGAAAGGAAAGGAAAACCGACAUGGUUUCAUUGAGGGACAGCCGCGUAUCGUAGAAAGCUGAGGGCGGGGGCUUUUGAAC